UCUAUCUGUAGCCAUGAAACUACCUCCAUUACUAGAAAUCUGAUCAUACUGUCCAUGGUAAUAAGAGCAUUAAUGUGGUGUGAUAGCUCAUAUCCAGGGCCUUAGUGGAAUCCGUUGACUUGUUUGCCUUUCCAUUAUUCAAUCUGCACAGUAAUCACGCCUCGACCUUUCUUUCUGGAAUUUUCCUUCCAGCCUAAAUUGUAUAUGAAGAGAUGGAUCCAUGUUCUGACUGCUAUAGCAAUUGAGAAAAUAUCUCCAUUACUGGAAAUCUGAUUAUACUGUUCAUGGUACUAAGAGCAAUAAUGCGGUGUGAUAGCUCAUAGCCAGGGCCUUAGUGGAAUCCGUUGACACGUUUGCCUUCCCAAUUUCAAUCUACACAAUAAUCACGCCUCCUUUCAUUCUGGGAAUUUUCCUUCCAACCCAAAAUUGUAUAUAAAGAGAUGGAUCCAUGUUCUGAGUGCUAUAGCAAUUGAGAAAAUAUCCACAUGGCUGCAGAACACACUCUUUCAUUAGAGGUUGAUGCAAAGCAGAGCGGUUAUGGGGAAGAUUUAGAGAAGCGCUCAGCAGCUCAUGCAAAGAUGAAGAGGAAACGUGGAGGAUGGAAGACUUUUCCUUUCAUUAUCGGAAAUGAGCUAUGCGCUGCAGCGGCAAUUACAGGCUUGGCUGCAAAUAUGAUUGUUUAUUUGAUUACCAAAUUUAACAUAAAAAGUAUUGAAGCCACUCACAUCAUCAAUAUAUCCAAUGGAGGGAAUGAUCUCUCUCCAUUGAUUGGGGCAUUUCUUGCAGAUGCAUAUCUGGGCCGUUUCUGGGCUAUUUCAAUUGGUUCAUUUCUCUCAUUUAGUGCAAUGAUCACUCUAAUGCUGACUGCCAUGAUAGACUCCUUAAGACCACCUCCAUGUGGGCCCCAGCUACAAGCUUUGGGGAGAUGUGAUGCGCCCACCAGGAAACAGUAUGCAGUUCUGUUUCUUUAUUUUGCCUUAACAAUUGCAGCAUCGGCAGGGUUAAGAUACAAUUCAGGGGCUUUUGGAGCAGAUCAGUUUGAAAAGGGUAGUGCAAAAGGAAUGAGACAGAUUCAGCGUUACUUCAACUGGUAUUAUUGUGUGCUGUUUGUUUCAAUCGUGAUAGCCUCCACUGUAAUUGUGUAUAUUCAAUCCAGUGUAAGCUGGGCAAUGGGAUUUGGACUGUGUGUGCUGCUAACAGGAAUAUCAAUGCUAUUUUUCUUCUCUGGGACAAAGUUGUACAAUCGUGUCCGUCCAGAGGGCAGUCCCUUCACAGGACUUGCCCAAGUGGUAGUGGCGUGCCUAAGAAAAAGAAACCUGCCAUUGCCUUCCAAUGAAGAGGAGUUAUACAGUGGAGAUGGAGUUGAGUCAGGACUUCCCCUUACACAGCAGCUCAGGUUUCUCAACAAAGCAGCAAUAAAGGCACCAGAGGACUUUUCCUCGGAUGGGCAAAUAAACCAGAACGCAUGGAGACUCUCCACAGUUGACCAAGUCGAGCAACUUAAAUCUAUAAUUAAAACAUUGACAAUUUGGUCAUGUACAGUCAUCCCAGCCAUUAUGAGUUCCCAACAGGUCACAUUCUCAGUAUUGCAGGCAUUGACAAUGGACAGGCAUUUGGGUUCCCAUGAUUUCAAAAUACCUGCGGCUUCUUACAUGGUUUUCAAUUUGCUGGCCUCUGCGAUAACAUUAUCUAUCUAUGACAAAGUGAUUGUUCGCAUGGCAGAAAGCAAGGGGAUAAAAAUAACACAGUUGAGAAGAAUAGGAACAGGCAUGGUUAUUGGCACAGUAGGAAUGGCAGUAGCCGCCAUAGUGGAAAGAAAGCGUUUGAAUGCAGUCCAUGGCCACCCUGUUGUGGAGGAAUCAGCGCUAUGGUUAGUUCCUCAACAUGUGAUAAUAGGGUUCGGGGAUGCGUUUCUGAGCGUAGGAAAAAUUGAUUUCUUUUAUACUGAAUUUCCAGAAACACUACGCAGCACAGCUACAGCUUUGGUCGCUGCAGGGCUUGCAGUGGGCUCUUAUUUGAGCAGUUUGUUGAUUAGUGCCAUUCAUAAAAACAGCAAUUGGCUUGCAAAUAACACAAAUGAGGGUCGUCUUGAUUACUUUUAUACCCUUCUAUGCUUAAUGGGGCUCGUGAAUUUUGGCUACUUCUCAGCAUGCGCUCAUUGGUAUAAAUACAAGACAAAAAUCUAUGGUUCUCGUGAGUUCACCACUUCUUGAAAAAAACAAUAGUUUUUGUGCCAUGGAUUCGAUAAGAUAUCUUAUUAACUCUUCCAACCUGUCAUCUGGCUUAUUAAGUAAAUUCUCAUGCUUUAUGGGUAGCGUAAAUGUAUUAUUUUAUGUCUGCUCACUCUUCUUCGCAGCUGUUCAGCCUAUAUAAUGUAUUCUGCUAAGCACUCUAUCAGUAAAGUCCAGCUCCCAGAGCUGUUAGGAGAAUGCUUGUGUUCAGUAGUAAAAUCUGGUUCUGUUGUAAGAUGUUUCAGCCUAUAUAAUGUCGUG